AUGAUUAAGGAUGGAGGAAAAGAUGUUUCUCCUUGGAUUGGAUCUGAUGGAGCUGUUCUGCAAAAAGUCAAGGAUCAAUACGCAAACGCUAUUAUAAUAGACGACGUAAACAGCUUUGAUAAUUCGAUAGUAGGACCAUUCAUAGAGCUAAUAAAAGAGGCUGGAUUGACGGAAGCAGAUGUGGACAUCGCAAAUAUCUACGGCUACUUAUAUCUUUUCGACGCUCUGAAACUUUAUGCGCUUACGGCAAAGAAGGUUAUGAACGAGACUGGUGAUGCUCGAAACCUGGUUAAUGGAAGAACAAUGUGGAAUGCUAUGCGAAGGAUGAAGUUUACUGGAAUGCUUGGAGCUUCGGGUGUGGCAUCUGGAAUGGUCACUAUGGACGAUUUAGCUGAGAGGGCACCACUCUAUAGGGGAUUUUUCGUCUCGCCUGGUGCUGAGCAGGUUUGUACCUGGAACACUAACUACUUGCGAAAAUCACACUCAUUUAGUCUUCGAGCACUGUAA